CGUCCGAAUCGUCCUCUGGGAUAACGGACAUUUUGGGGUCAUACCUACAUAACCAACGUUCUCUAGUAAUAUUAGUACCGUGCGAAUAGGGCUUUAUUAAACCGCAAUUUUGCGCCAAACAGAUUCUUAAAACUUGAAAACCCCGCCUACUUGACAACCACCAUCUGUUUACGAAAAGUCACGGGUACAACGUGGACCGGAGGAUGAUAAAGAGACAUUUUACGGGGGUUUGGAACGGUAGCCUACAAGGGAUUAAUUUCAGAUAGUAUCGUAUAUGUUUCGGAUAAAUUGGCAAACUAAAGGGAUAUGAAGGAUUAUGAGACAAUUGGUUCGACGUCCUUUUAAGGGUUAAAUGUGUUUUCUUCCCUAACUGAAGUGGUUUUCGGAGAUUAGUUGUUGCCGUUGGAACGCGCUUUGCACUGGGCACAUUUCAUUCUCGCUCUUUCAAACAGUACAUGGAAACAAUGGCGAGGCGCAAAAAGGCACAUCGGGUUGGAAUUUAACUGCGCGUAGCCAUAACGCAGGUUGAAAACGGGCUUCGAUAAAACAGAGUUCGGGGGGGGGGGCAACCAGAGUCGGAGCGAGAUGGAAAGCCCGACCGAGAACCCAACCAGGGCUGCGGAGUAUCUGAAGGAGCUUAAUAACAUUAUCGAGACCCAACAGGAGUUACUGGAGAUGCACAAGACUAGGAUAGAGGAGCUGGAGCUGCAAGUGUCCGAAUUGUGUUCGGAAAACGCCUGCUUGAAAGACCAGUACCAGCGGCACCUGGCUACAUGUAGGCUGCUGCAACAGGGCAACAGCCACCCAACGUUAGGUGCUAUAAAGGAAAACAUCACCCAAGAAAAAUCUGAAUGUGACAGUUCCAGAAUGGUCAGGAGACAUGCCUCUCUGCCCAUCGACGUGACAGAGAACCCUGCCAGUCUGGUGUCAGCCGGCUGUAGGAGAGGUUUCCCCUGCCGCAAGUGGAAGUCUGCCUCUUUUGGUGUGGAGGGGGAUGCGCGGCCCAGUGAGAGUGACGGUGGAGCAAGCUACAGGGGCCCAGUGAUAAGCCCAGACCGCUUCGAGGGCCCCCUCUACGGCCACGGGGUGCAGCCGGGCCCCCAGCGCCCCCCCCGCAGGCCCAAGCUCCAGCACUCGCAGUCCAUCCUUCGCAAGCAAGCCGAGGAGGAGGCCAUCAAGCGCUCCCGCUCGCUCUCCGAGGGCUAUGAGCUCUCCGCUGACCUCCAGGACAAACAGGUGGAGAUGCUGGAGCGUAAAUAUGGAGGACGCUUCAUAACCCGGCAUGCGGCCCGCACCAUCCAGACAGCCUUCCGCCAGUACCAGAUGAACAAAAACUUUGAGCGUCUCAGGAGUUCUAUGUCUGAGAACCGCAUGUCCCGACGCAUCGUUCUGUCCAACAUGAGGAUGCAGUUCUCCUUCGAGGGCCCUGAGAAAGUCCACAGCUCCUACUUUGAGGGGAAACAGGUGUCCCUGACAGAUGACGGCACCCCCCUGGCCUUGGUACAGUCCGAGUGCGGGGACAUGGAGGUCCACCACCAGGCCAACAUGGCGUCUCACCCUGCUUCCCAGAACGACCUGACGGACGCCAUCACGGAGUUGGAGGACGCCUUCUCCAGGCAGGUGAAGUCUCUGGCCGAGUCCAUUGAUGACGCCUUGAACUGCCGCAGCCUGCAGGGCGACGAGGGUCUUGACCCUGAGGCCAUGGGCUGCCCCGAGGUAGAGAGGGAGGUGGCCUAUCAGGUGAAGCCUCACCGCGGGGUGGCGGGGCGCAUGCGAGAGGACAUGAUGGCGUCCUACAGCGAUGUGACUCUGUUUAUCGACGAGGAGGAGCUGUCUCCCUCUAUGGGGCUAUCGCGGGGGUCAGGUGACCAGCCCUCCAGCAUUGAGUCAGACCUACGCCUGCGCUCAGCCAACUCCUCCCAGGAGUACUGGCCCCUGGACACCAAAGAUGAGGGGCGUGACACAGACACCAGCUGCCGCAGCACCCCUUCCCUAGAGUGCCAGGAGCAGCGGCUCAGGGUGGACCACCUCCCCCUGCUGACCAUCGAGCCGCCCAGCGACAGCUCCGCCGAACACAGUGACCGCUCUGACCGCAGCUCCGUCAAACGACCGCCCGUCUACGAGCCUCACGGGGGCAGCCACAUCGUGGCGUCCUCCAAGGCUAGCCCCAAACACAUCUCUCAUGGCCCACCCCCGCGGGCGCCCUCCAGGGACGACGAGGCGCCCCUCCGCCACCGCCACCGGGCGCUGGAAAGCCACCUGGCCAUCAACGGCUCUGCCAAUCGGCAGAGCAAGUCUGAGUCUGACUUCUCGGACGGGGAUAACGACAGCAUCAACAGCACAUCGAACUCCAACGACACCAUCAAUUGCAGCUCUGAGUCGUCCAGGGACAGCCUGAGGGAGCAGACACUCUGCAAGCAGACAUAUCACAAAGAGACACGUAACAGCUGGGACUCGCCCGUCUUCAGCAACGAUGUGAUCCGCAAGAGGCACUACCGCAUCGGCCUGAACCUCUUCAACAAGAAGCCAGAAAAAGGCGUCCAGUACUUGACUGAGAGAGGGUUCGUCCCGGACACACCUGUGGGUGUGGCUCACUUCCUGCUUCAGAGGAAGGGCCUGAGCAGGCAGAUGAUUGGAGAGUUCCUGGGCAACCGUCAGAAACAGUUCAACAGAGAUGUCCUGGACUGUGUGGUGGAUGAGAUGGAUUUCUCGUCAAUGGAGCUGGACGAGGCACUGAGAAAGUUCCAGAACCACAUUCGGGUCCAGGGAGAGGCCCAGAAGGUGGAGCGCCUCAUCGAAGCCUACAGCCAACGCUACUGCAUCUGUAACCCCACGGUAGUGCGACAGUUCCGGAACCCUGACACCAUCUUCAUCCUGGCCUUCGCCAUCAUCCUCCUCAACACAGACAUGUACAGCCCCAACGUCAAGCCGGAGAGGAAGAUGAAGCUGGAGGACUUCGUCAAGAACCUCCGAGGGGUGGAUGAUGGGGAGGACAUCCCCAGGGAGACUCUGGUAGGAAUUUAUGAAAGGAUCAGGAAGAGGGAGCUGAAGACAAACGAGGACCACGUGUCUCAGGUUCAGAAGGUGGAGAAACUCAUAGUGGGGAAGAAACCGAUUGGAUCUCUCCACCAUGGAAUAGGAUGUGUGCUGUCCCUGCCCCAUCGUAGGCUAGUGUGCUACUGUCGGCUGUUUGAAGUGCCAGACCCCAACAAGCUCCAGAAGUUAGGCCUGCACCAGCGGGAGAUCUUCCUGUUUAAUGACCUUCUGGUGGUGACAAAGAUUUUCCAGAAGAAGAAGAACUCUGUGACAUACAGCUUCCGGCAGUCUUUCUCUCUGUAUGGGAUGCAGGUUCUGAUGUUUGAGAACCAGUAUUACGGGAAUGGAAUCAGGCUUACAUCAGCCAUACCAGGUGCCGACAUCAAGGUCCUCAUCAACUUUAAUGCGCCCAACCCCCAGGACCGCAAGAAGUUCACUGACGACCUGCGAGAGUCUAUCGCCGAGGUCCAGGAAAUGGAGAAAUACAGGAUAGAGUCUGAGCUUGAGAAGCAGAAAGGGGUGGUGAGGCCCAGUAUGUCCCAGAGCUCUGGGCUGAAGAAGGAGGCUGGCAAUGGCAACAUGAACCGUGCCAGUCUGGACGACACCUACACCAUGGGCGAGGGCCUGAAGAGGAGCGCCCUCAGCAGCUCCCUCCGCGACCUCUCCGAAGCAGGCAAGCGUGGGCGUCGCAGCAGUGCAGGAUCACUAGACAGCAAUAUGGAAGGGUCCAUCAUUAACAGUCCUCACAUACGCCGGAGAGCCACAACCCCACGCAGCGAGGGCCCGCCCCGGGGCCACCAUACCAUCCCCAACUCCUCCUCCCUCCUCGGGUCGCUCUUUGGCAGCAAACGGGGGAAGCCUUCAUCCCAGAGCCAUCCUCCUCUUCCUCUGCCUGGUCACCCCACCCUCAUCUCCCACACGCCCCAUCCAUCCAACCUCCACCACACAGCCCAGCAGGUAGCCCAGGCCCAGCUCCACCACUCCCAGUACUGCCACGUCCAACAGAACCCCCCUCCCUACCACCACCACCACCAUUACCACCCCCCUCCCCAUACACAGUACCACCAGCACCCGGCAGCAUAUGCAUCCUCCUCCCACACACACCAACACACCCACCCCCACCCGCAUGUACCACAGCACAGCCACGGCACCCAUAGCCAGCAUUCCCAUCACGCCUCACACUCCCAGCAUGCCCCUCACCACCACAGUCAGAUGCAGGGCCCGGCACCCAGCGGGCCCAAACCCAAACACAGUGGCAUCAGCACCGUGGUGUGACCUCCCUCACUGAAAGAGAGCGAGAGCAAAAGAGAGAACGAAAGAGAGCUAGAGAGAGAGAGAAAAUAUUGAAUGAGCAAAAGGAAAGAGUGAGUGAGUGAACUUAAGGGAGGGACAGUCUCUUCCCCCAAAGGGACAGAGGGUAUACUGUCAGUCGAUGGCUUAUCUACUGUGUUCCACUGCUGUGAUGGAGAUGGACCUCUGGCAGUCCCAUGUAUCCGCUCCCCCCUUCAGCUGCUCACCAAUAUGCUGGAUGGAAACCAGACUCAAUUCUUCCACAAAGGGCCUCAGCUCGAACCUUAGUAAGGGCCUCUGUCUCUCUGUCAGGGCUUCAGGGAGGUGUUUUGUACGGGGAAACACUUUCCCCCCUCCUCCCCAUGAACUCACACCAAACCCGGCUGUGACGGCUGAAGAGAACCGUGCAUUCUCUGUAGGCCGCUGUCCACUUCGCCGUUCUUUCAAUAGCCCGUCUUCCCUUCACGUAAUCAGGAGACAAGACCACCUGGGAUAGGCCUGAGAAAACAUGUCUGACUGUUUUCUCUGUCACAAUGGCAUAUUAUAUUGUAUACAGUCUUUUUAAACAAAGCUAGCUUUUAACACUCUGCUUUCUUGAGGUUUCCAAAACUCUCUUCAUUUCUAAAAAUGCUCUUUGUUCUUGCCUCUCCUAGAAUUCAUGUUGUGUAAAAAAGCCUGGUGUAAUCAUUUCACAAUAACUAGACCAACGGACAGGCUAACAACAGUCUCAAUCGUAGUAGUUCUAGUGUUGUAUUUACUGUAGAGGACAGCUUUACGUGUUGUCUCCUAGCUCUCAUUGAUAAAUGUGCCAAUUACUAAUGCAUAAACGAUUUAGUCUAGACUUCAUGUGCAGUAUAUUGUGCGUAAAGUACCUUGUAAGAUUAUACUUACAACCAUUAUUAUCAUUAGAAAUCAACUGUAUCAGUAUUAUACUGACUCUAUGGGAACCGGAUAGAUGGGAAGGGGGAGUGGAGCCACGUUGUCAGGCAGUCCAAUAACCUACUCUGGAACCUUUUGCCUUUCAACCAGAGCAUUGAGAGACUGGAAUGCAGCUGUGGCACGUGGCCCUCCUAAUGCUGGGCUGUCAUGUAUAAAACCUCAAGAGUGAACAGAUAUUGGGUGUCUACUGACCAUAUGUUGUUCCUAUGCUGGGUGGAUGGGUCCCGCUCGGCUCGGUGUAGUACUUCGAUAUGAAGUACGGACGUUUAGUACUGUGAGUACGGGCGUGUAGUAAGGUGGCAGUGGUGGAAGGGUCACAGAUCUCGUGUUGAGCUCAUGGCCUUCUUUUGGUCGUAUGCUGGCUUAAGCUCACAGCGUUCCUGACCUCUCAAGACACUUUACGCGAUAGAAGUUGAGGCUCGCGUCACUUUACUGAUGGACCCGCAGUAAAGCUGACAAAUGUCUCAUGCCUUUUGAAAUAUGAAGCAGCUGCAUUCUUGACUCUUCAAAUCAAAAUACGAUAAUCCUUUAUUUUUUUCAUCAUUUACUGUGUCUUUGUUUUCAUCACAAAACCUGAGUAGGUGAGUGACUAGAAUAACCUCUUAAGUAUGUAGUGUUUAGUUUUUUGUUUGUCAUCUUAGUUGUUAUCAUUAUGUACAGUAUGUGCAAUAUCUUCGUACUGGUUUUGUACAUUCAAACAAAAACAAAAAAAAAGUGUCCCUUCUGUUUGUUUUGUGUGUUUCCAUGUUGCAUCGUUAUUUAUUUAGGUUGGACCCCUGUCGUUCUCUCUCAGUGGCUUAAUGUGUGGCUGUUCUCAUGGUUCUCUGAGAAACACGGUCCUGGGAUUUUCGAAAUCAGUGGAAUGUCGAAGUGGUUUUGCAUGUAAUGUUAUUAAUGUGAGGCUAUCCUCAGCACAUUGUAUAACAAAUCAGUGUUACCAUAGUCGAUUGAAGUGCAAUCACAUUUAAAAAAAAUACAGACUUGUAAAGGCCCUUUACAGGUUCAAGUCUGUUAUCAUGUUGUCCUGGAAGAGAUUCAGGUGAAUUCUUUUGUUUUUUCCUUUUUUCUUUUUCAGAUGAUAUACUUAUUUAGACAGUUGACGGCAGUGCUUGACUUGGACUGAAAUAGGUUCCGGUACUCAUUUUGGGUGCCAGUACUGUUUUAUAUUUAGGUACUGGAGCUCCUCAAUACUUAUGAGCUAAAAUUAUAUAAGAGGAACAGAACCUCAAGCAGUAGUAUGAAGUGCCGGUACUCUGCUCCGGUGUCCCAAGUCAAGCACUGGUUGACGGUGAAAAGAAAGAGGAAUGUGUGUAUAUAUUUUAAUAAAGAAAUAUGCUUCCCUCGGGGCAGAACAGAAAUAUUUUGCUGGAUAAGCACAUAUGAAGGAGCGCUUUCAUUUUUCAGGAAAUCCAGAUCUAAUACACAGCAAAGAAAUGCAAAUGAAACUAAGGAACUGGGUUAUAUGUAAAGAAAAAUAUCUUUCUACAUUCUACGAAAUGAGAGUAUAUUAUCGCGUGUACAUUAAAGUAAAAGUCAACUGUUUGUCCCAAUAUUCAGGGUGUAAAAUGUAUUUUAACAUUCACUAAGAAAACCACAACCGUAAGUCAGACUUCCCACUGGGCACACACUGAUGGAAUCAAGUUUGUUUCCACAUUUCAAUGCAAUUACGUUGAACCAACGUGGAAUAGACGUUGAAUUGACACCUGUGCCCAGUGGGUUGAGGCCUAGGCUUCACUCAACACGUCUGUUCAUGUUAGAUCCAUGAUAUUAUAACAACAAAUAAGGAAAUGUAGACAGAUAAACAUAUCUUACCUAUGACAUGAAUAAUCAAUUGAAUGUCUUUCUAAUUUUCUUUUUUGUAACUCAGAAAUGGUCGGACAAUGUAAAAAUAGAGAACGAAAUGUAUACAAUUAUCUUGGUAUGUGUUGUAGUGCUUCAAGAAUUGUCCACAGUCUAUAGUCUGAUAAGUACCCCCACGAUGCACUGCAUGGACCUGAUGCGUCAUGUGUCUUUUUCACUGUGAGCUGACUGAACAGGUCAGCCUGUAAAGUUGAAUAACUUUAUUUCCUCUCUUUUCAUUGGUUUAGAUUUGGAAUCUCCUGAUGUUGACUUGCUCUUGCGUCCCACAUUAAGCUGAUUGUUACUGGAGCUCAGCAUGCAUUUCAUCUACAUACACACUACCAGUCAAAAGUUUUAGAACAGCUACUCAUUCAACGGUUUUACUUUAUUUUUGACUAUUUUCUACAUUGUAGAAUAAUAGUGAAGACAUCAAAACUAUGAAAUUACACAUAUGGAAUUAUGUAGUAACCAAAGAAGUGUUAAAGAAAUCCAAAUAUAUUUUAUAUUUGAGAUUCUUCAAAUAGCCAACCUUUGCCUUGAUGACAGCUUUGCACACUCUUGGCAUUCUCUCAACCAGCUUCAUGAGGUAGUCACCUGGAAUGCAUUUCAAUUAACAGGUGCGCCUUCUUAAAAGUUCAUUCGUGGAAUUUAUUUCCUUCUUAAUGCAUUUGAGCCAAUCAGUUAUGUUGUGACAAGGAAGGGGGGUAUACAGAAGAUAGCCCUAUUUGGUAAAAGACCAAGUCCAUAUUCUGGCAAGAACAUCUCAAAUAAGCAAAGAGAAAGGACAGUCCAUUACUUUAAGACAUGAAGGUCAGUCAAUAUGGAACAUUGCAAGAACUUUGAAAGUGCAGUUGCAAUUUUGCAGCCCAAAUAAAUGCUUCAGUUCAAGUAACAGACAAAUAUCAACAUCAAUUGUUCAGAGGAGGAUGUGUGAAUCAGGCCUUCAGGGUUGCAUUGCUGCAAAGAAACCACUUCUGAAGGACACCAAUAAGAAGAAGAGACUUGCUUUGGCCAAGAAACACGAGCAAUGGACAUUAAACCGGUGGAAAUCUGUCCUUUGGUCUGAUGAGUCUAAAUUUGAGACUUUUGGUUCCAACCGCCGUGUCUUUGUGAGAUGCAGUGUGGAUGAACGGAUGAUCUCCGCAUGUGUAUUUCCCACCGUAAAGCAUGGAGGAGGAGGUGUUAUAGUGUGGGGGUGCUUUGCUGGUGACACUGUCUGUGAUUUAUUUAGAAUUCAAGGCACACUUAACCAGCAUGGCUACCACAGCAUUCUGCAGCGAUACGCCAUCCCAUCUGGUUUGGAAUUAGUGGCACCAUCAUUUGUUUUUCAACAGGACAAUGACCAAACACACUUUCUCCAAGAAGGAGAGUGAAGGAGUGCUGCAUCAGAUGACCUGGCCUCCACAAUUCCCCGACCUCAACCCAAUUGAGAUGGUUUGGGAUGAGUUGGACUGCAGAGGGAAUGAAAAGAAGCCAACAAGUGCUCAGCAUGUGGGAACUCCUUCAAGACUGUUGGAAAAGCAUUCAAGGUGAAGCUGGUUGAGAGAAUGCCAAGAGUGUGUAAAGCUGUCAUCAAGGCAAAGGUUGGCUAUUUGAAAAAUAUUAAAUAUAAUUCUGAUUUAUUUAACACCUUUUUUGGUUACGACAUAAUUCCAUAUGUGUUAUUUCAUAGUUUUGAUGUCUUCGCUAUUAUUCUACAAUGUAGAAAAUAGUGCAAAUGAAGAAAACCCCUUGAAUGAGGCGUUCUAAAACUUUUGGCCGGUAGAGUACAUAGUCAUUGUAAAAAUAACAAUACAUAAACACGUCGCACUUCUGUUAUUAUUGAGCCCGGGUGCUUUAGCUUUGAAAAUAGCGGAGUAGAAGUGCUGAUUAUGGAAUUCUAAAAAGGGUGAUUUAUCUAGAAGGAUGACGAGAAGGGACCAGGUGGGAGAAAAAUAAUCUGUACACAGGGAGUACAUUAUCACUACUCUAAUCCCAAUAUCUGCAGUGGAGAUCAUAUGAGGUGACAACCUUUUUAUAUGGGAGGAUGAAGAUAUGAUUUUCAACAUAUCGCUCGUCUCUGCCAGCAACAUUAGAGAACUGUCACUCGCUGUGGCUCUGACGGACUGUUAUAACGUUCCCCGCCCCUACACACGCGCACACACUCUCUUUCUCUCAUCCCAUGCUGCAAGCUGUUCUAUCAGGCGCAAGACACACAAUUAAACAAGGGCAAGACAAGAGAUGCCUCAUUUCAAUGUGCAUUCAGUUUGUCCAGUGAGUAGUGAGUCAGUAAGACCCCCAGUUAUCGUAAAACUUCAACUGUGACAAUGUUGACAAUGCUAAAUAAACAAAUAUAUGACUUAUGGUA